AGGAAAGCAGCCCAUCAGGUCCGUCCAGUCACUGAGGAUCCAUCACGACCCUCCGGAGAAUGUUCUUCACCUCUUAAUGGGAGUGUAAACCCUGGCCAUUCCCUCCUUCGGUGACCACCUGAGAGGACAAGAUCAUCCUUGAAAAUGAGGGGCAAACAUUCAAUGGGGAAUAAUUGUCCUGUUUUUUUGACUCCAGCGCUGAUGCCACCUGCUGAGAUGACCCCCCUUUCCAAGCUGCCCUUGGUGCUGCUGCUGCUGCCUCCCAUCUUGAGUGGCACCAAAGCUCAGGUUAAUCCAGCGGUAUGCCGCUAUCCUCUGGGCACAUCAGGAGGCCACAUUCCAGAUGAGGACAUCACAGCUUCUAGCCAGUGGUCGGAAUCCACAGCUGCCAAAUACGGAAGGCUGGACUCUGAAGAAGGAGAUGGAGCCUGGUGCCCAGAGAUACCAGUGGAACCGGAUGAUUUGAAGGAGUUUCUACAGAUUGACCUACGCAAUCUACAUUUUAUCACCCUCGUGGGGACCCAGGGACGCCAUGCAGGGGGCCAUGGCAAUGAGUUUGCUCCUAUGUACAAGAUCAAUUACAGCAGAGAUGGUACCCGCUGGAUCUCUUGGAGGAACAGACAUGGAAAACAGGUGCUAGAUGGAAAUAGUAACCCCUAUGAUAUUGUGCUAAAGGACCUGGAACCACCCAUCGUAGCCAGAUUUGUCCGCUUCAUUCCAGUUACUGACCACUCCAUGAAUGUCUGCAUGAGGGUGGAGCUCUAUGGUUGCGUCUGGCUAGAUGGUUUGGUGUCUUACAAUGCUCCAGCUGGACAGCAGUUUGUACUUCCUGGAGGUUCCAUCAUUUACCUGAAUGAUUCUGUCUAUGAUGGAGCUGUUGGGUACAGCAUGACAGAAGGUCUGGGGCAACUGACAGACGGAGUUUCUGGCCUGGACGACUUCACUCAGACCCAUGAGUACCACGUUUGGCCUGGCUAUGAUUACGUGGGCUGGAGGAAUGAAAGUGCCACCAAUGGUUACAUCGAGAUCAUGUUUGAAUUUGACCGGAUCAGGAAUUUCACUACCAUGAAGGUCCACUGCAACAACAUGUUUGCUAAGGGGGUGAAGAUCUUUAAGGAAGUUCAGUGCUACUUCCGCUCGGAGUCCAAUGAAUGGGAACCCAACGCUGUCUCCUUCCUCCUGGUCCUGGAUGACGUCAACCCCAGUGCCCGCUUUGUCACGGUGCCUCUCCUUCACCGAAUGGCCAGCGCCAUCAAGUGCCAGUUUCACUUCGCUGAUACCUGGAUGAUGUUUAGUGAAAUCACCUUUCAGUCAGAUGCUGCAAUGUACAACAACUCUGGAGCCCUUCCCACUUCCUCAGUGGCACCUACCACUUAUGAUCCGAUGCUCAAAGUGGACGACAGCAACACCCGCAUCUUGAUUGGCUGCCUGGUGGCCAUCAUCUUCAUUCUUGUGGCCAUCAUCGUCAUCAUUCUCUGGAGGCAGUUUUGGCAAAAAAUGCUGGAGAAGGCUUCCCGGAGGAUGCUAGAUGAUGAAAUGACUGUCAGUCUUUCCCUGCCUAGUGAAUCCAGCAUGUUCAACAACAAUCAUUCUUCAUCACCUAGUGAGCAGGAGUCCAAUUCCACUUAUGACCGUAUUUUCCCCCUUGGUCCUGACUACCAGGAGCCUUCCCGGCUCAUACGGAAACUCCCUGAAUUUGCUCCAGGAGAUGAGGAGGCAGGUUGCAGUAGUGUGGUGAAGCCAGUUCAGCCAAAUGGCCCUGAAGGUGUCCCCCACUAUGCAGAAGCUGACAUUGUGAACCUGCAAGGUGUGACAGGAGGCAACACCUAUUCAGUACCUGCAGUUACCAUGGACCUACUCUCCGGUAAAGAUGUGGCUGUAGAAGAAUUCCCCAGGAAACUCUUAACAUUCAAAGAGAAGCUAGGAGAAGGACAGUUUGGAGAGGUUCAUCUCUGUGAAGUGGAGGGCAUGGAAAAAUUCAUGGACAAAGAUUUUGCCUUAGAUGUCAACACCAACCAGCCUGCCUUGGUGGCUGUGAAAAUGCUCCGAGCAGAUGCCAACAAGAAUGCCAGGAAUGAUUUUCUCAAGGAGAUAAAGAUUAUGUCUCGACUAAAGGACCCAAACAUCAUCCGGCUGUUAGCAGUGUGCAUUGCAGAAGACCCCCUAUGUAUGAUCACUGAAUACAUGGAGAAUGGGGACCUCAAUCAAUUUCUUUCCCGACACGAACCCCAGAGCCCUCCCUCCAGUAAUGCACCUACUGUCAGUUACAUAAACCUGAAGUUCAUGGCCACGCAGAUAGCAUCGGGCAUGAAGUAUCUGUCCUCUCUAAACUUUGUCCACCGGGACCUGGCCACCCGAAACUGCUUAGUGGGUAAGAACUACACCAUCAAGAUCGCAGACUUUGGGAUGAGCAGGAACCUAUACAGCGGAGACUACUACAGGAUCCAGGGUCGGGCAGUGCUUCCUAUCCGCUGGAUGUCUUGGGAGAGCAUCUUACUGGGCAAGUUCACCACAGCAAGUGAUGUGUGGGCCUUUGGGGUGACGCUGUGGGAGACCUUCACUUUUUGCCAGGAGCAGCCAUAUUCCCAGCUGUCAGAUGAACAAGUCAUCGAGAAUACUGGAGAAUUCUUCCGAGACCAAGGGCGGCAGACAUACCUCCCACAGCCUGCAAUUUGCCCUGAUCCUGUUUAUAAGCUGAUGCUUAGCUGCUGGAGAAGAGACACCAAACACCGCCCCUCAUUCCAAGAAAUCCACCUCCUGCUUCUCCAACAAGGAAAUGGAGAGGAGUGAUGCUGUCAACUCUGGAGCACCUCUGAUGGUCCCCUAGUCCUCCCCUUAAAACCCACCACUUCUCCAAAUCUAAGCCACUUCACUUGGACUUCUAAUGGACCCUGGGAGGCGGAGGCUUCUUUGUUUUUCUCUUUUUUUUUUUUACAUUAAAGAGCCAAAAAAGAAAAAAAAAGUCUAGAUCAGAGGGAAUCAAAAAAAAAAAAAGAAAGAAAGAAAUCUCACCUGAUAUACCAGAGUUGGAUGACAAAGGCUAGAAAAUUCAAAUAAUUUAUAAAUGUUAAAUAUGCUUGUUUAUAAAUGUGCAAAUUCUGUGAUUUUUUUUUUCUGAGUUCCCAUUUCUAGGAAGUGAUUACCAAAUCAGAACACAGAAAGACUUGAAGGAUACUGAUAUUGUGGGGAAUGCCAUGGGGAUGUGUUUAAGUCAAAAGGUUCAGCAAAGUACUACAUCAUGGGCUGUUCAUGGCCUUUGAGUUCUAAUGCGGCCUCUCCCAUUAACUCAUAAGCUAGCUUGCCAGUAACUGAAUAUUUCUCCACAAUAUCCUCAUACGUAGGAAUGGUUCUGAUAGCAUACUUGUAAACGCACACAUACACACACACACAACAAUGAUGACAACAACAAUUACAAACCCAGGUUCGCAUAUGUGCCAUUGGAGGGUAUCAGCAUGGUAGGGAGAAUCCAAGGGGAAUCAGGCAGGUAAGAGGAUUUGCCAUAGGUAAAGUAUCCUUUGCAAAAGAGGGAGAUUAGGCAGCUGUAGGUAAAGAGAGCAUGUGAAUGUAAUCUGUACAAGUGUGGAAUAUUCAUUUGUAAUUCCAACAAAAGAACCUGGAUAUUAUUUUUCUCUACAGUUUAUUCAAGUAUAUUCAGAUGUGGAUUUCCCCAAGGAAGGAUUUGAUUUUAAAACAGAUUCAAGGCAUAUCUGAGACUAGUAGACCAUUGUUGAAGCUGCUGUUGUAGAAUCUUACCUAUGGAAGGUGCCUUAGAAAUCUUUGGUCCAAGCUCAAGGGAGCUAUCAGAGGUGGGAUCAGUCACCAUCUCCAGGGACAAUUGUGGUUCUUUACCCAUGGAUUUACUCAUUUGCUGUGGAUUCCUCUUAUGCACAGGGCUUCCUUUAGACUUCUGGAAAGUGGCAAUUAUGUAGAGCAGCAUAUGGAAAACAUGGCAGAAGACGACCUCUGCAACUAUUCUCUUGUAUACAGUCUCUCUGAAUCAUUGUUGGGCUUGACACAGCCAGCAUGAAGUGGAGCAUGAGGCUGGGGUGUCCUUUGGACACUUGGGUAUUACUUAAAUAGUCCCAACUUUGGUUUACGAUGAUCUCAGAGGUGACUCUGAAUGUUCACAAACUCCAAGUUCUCCAGUCCAGCAGAAAAACUAACUUUCAACUCAGAAUAUAGGAUUUCAACUCAGAAUAAAGAAUUUCAGCAGAGGUAUGACUAGGAAGUGACAGUAGGGGCUUUCCGGGUGAUGAAAUUUGGAAGGAACCAGCAUUUCCCUAGCAUAUAUUUCCUCCCUACUCCAUUUCCAGGGGUCAGAUUGCAGGUGAGAUCCUACCCAUCCAUGCACUCUCAAAAACCUGCUUUAUCCUAGGCUGUGUUUUCUCUCUCUAUGAGCCAUACAUUUGCUCCCAGGCCAACUCCUCCCAUCUCUCCAUUAGCAGCCAGUCCUUUAGCCACACAAAAACUUCCGGGUUUCCUGGAGGUAUAUUUCUUACUCCCUGCAGCUAUACAUGAAUGCCUUUUUUGCCCUAGGCCCCCCAAAUUCUUAAUUACUGCUCUGGAUUUCUGGACAUAUUUUCCAAGCCAAGAUGCCAAGCCACUGUCUCACAGGCCUCUCUACCCACUUCAAACAACCCUUCAAGGUUCUGAUUGUUUUCCCCAAAUCAGUUUUCAGAAUCACUACUGGGGCAAAAGUACAGACUGAAACUUAGAUUCUCUGCUUUAAUCCACUGCCCCUACUGCCUACAAGCUCUCAUUUGGCCAGGGGCAUGAGUUUCUUGACUCCUUUCUUUCUGUUUACUCUCUUUGAUUCUGCAGCAAUUCACCUGACUGUAGCUUUUGUGCACUAAAAUAGUUCUAUAUAAAUUCAUAUUUGAAGUUAGCUUAGUUAGCCUGGAUUAAUCUGGCCCUUGUUUAAGAAAAAAAAAAA